AUGGCCCAAGGCGCCGUCAAAAAAUCCAAACCAGCCGCCGCGCCAAAAAAGUCCGUCUCCCGCCCCAAACGCCUCGGCGGGCGCGUCAUCAAGCCCAAGAAAACAUCACUCGUCACGCAGAACCAGAUCAAGAAGAAGAGCGCGGCGGGGCUGGUGGGCAUGACGGAGAAGUUUCUGGCUGAGAAGGCGGGGCAUCUCGAGAUCUUGAAGGGCGGGAAGAAGGAUCGGCUGGAGAAG